AUGCAGACCAAGGCACUGCUCAUUUCUCCAGUUACGAUCCGCUCCUGUACCAGGGGUCUAAUCAGACCUGUGUCUGCCUCCCUCUUGAGUAGACCAGAGGCCCCAUCUAAGACGUCUUUCUGCAGCAGCCUACAUCUCCAGGUGGCCAGACAAGAAUUUCAGACCAGUUUUAUCAGCGACACAGCAGCCAAGUUUAUUGAUGCAGGGGCUGCCACAGUUGGUGUGGCUGGAUCAGGGGCUGCCAUUGGCACAGUGUUUGGUAACUUGAUUAUUGGCUAUGCCAGGAACCUGUCUCUCAAGCAGCAGCUCUCCUCCUAUCCCAUUCUGGGUUUUGCCCUAUCUGAGGUCAUGAGACUUUUCUGUCUGAUGGUCACCUUCCUCAUCCUCUUCACCAUGUGA